CCUUUCCCAUUAGGGAUAAAUUGAAAAAAAUAAAUAAAUGUAAACUUCAUUUUGAAUCGUUUUAUAUUUAGUGAUAUUAAACGAUUGAUUUGGCUAAUGCACAAACCGUGUUAGAGCCAAAAGAAAAAAAAAGAUUGAUUAUUAUAGCUGAAAAUUUAAAAUAGUACAUACGUAUUAUCAAAUAUCAAUUGGUUUUUCUGUUAUUAAAGUUUAAGAGAUUUUUGUGAUUAAAUUUUCUUAAAAUUAAUGCCACAAUGCUACACGACGAUAAAUUAGAGGGAACAUUACAAAAGCCUGAAGUGAGCAUACACCAUGACUUAAAUAAGGGUUUAAAGCCAGACUUCUGUGAAAAUGAAGCAAACAUUAGAAACUUAUAUGCAAAAGACGACGGGCCCCACUGGCGUAAUGUCACCAGUACCUGCACCAGUGUUACUAAGUCGUUGAUUACAAAAAACUUACCGAAGAUCUUUCAGCAUUUACCAAUACGUACGCAGUCUACGUCGAGGGAGGACGUUGAGAUCGAAUUGGAACAACAAAUUGUUUCAUUUGUCGGUAACAUAGACGAUGAGGAAUAUGAUAAACUUGUCGAAUUUUGCGACCCUAAACAUUUGGAAACUGGUCAUGAAUUAAAGAUGUCAAUGUCAUUACCUACUAGCAAAGCUUUCGCUAUGAACAGUUGCUAUAAUCCUCAAGCUUCCAGCUCUUUAAACUUCUGCAAGAAUUUAAUGUUCCGAAAGAAAAAAAUUGAUAGAAAGAAUCGCUAUUCCCGGAAGUUAAAAUAUAGAACAGUAUGCCUUAUACCACCACCUGAAGAAAAGGAUGAACCUGACAAUGAAUUGCUGCAACCAGGGAAAGAUCUCGUCUACAGAGUUAGAUUAUAUCGGCCAUUCCCUUAUUCCUAUGCAAAAAUUACUGUCCGUCAUUCACUUUUGAUGUCAGAAAUUGUGGUGCUGGGUCAACAGCCCCUUUGGGCUCUGAGAGAUCACAUUUACUGCCUCAAUGACAUCUCUACAGGCAUUGAUGUCUCAGAGAACCCGGAUGCCGUACCCUCAACUUCAGCUAAGGAGUUAUUUCCGUCUAGUUUCAUGUUUAUCAACAACGUGUUCUACGUGGACGAACGCAAAGGCUGCUCCGACAUCACUCGGGAAUUGCGGGAAUGGGCCGCUGCCCGGAACAUGGGCACCUUUCCCUCUCACUCCAUGGACGUCAAGCUGGAAGACAUCAAGCUCAGGCUCGGACAUCCCGACGUGUACGUGCACCUGGGCGACUGCGAGCACCCGUUCACCAUCUCGGAGGUGCGGCUGCUGCACCCCCGCGACCCUCUGCGACCGCAGAUGUACCCGUUCGUGAGCCAGGUGGGCGCGACCCAGGUCAUCUACUGCAGCAUAUGCUCGGAGCACAGCACCAAGUGGGUCGUCAAGGACUGCGACGUGGUCCCCUUCGACCCCACGUACUUCUGCGACACGUGCUUCCGCCUCUACCUCUACAAGGAUGGGAAGAAGGUGUGUCCAUUCAAGGCUUACGUAUACAAAGGGAACGAGAUGAGCAUCUUGAAGCCCAGGCAUUGAUCGUAAGCCACCUCAUUAACUCAUUCUAAGCGGAUAUUUAAAAUACGUUCGCUCUGUGUACCAUUCGAUUUAAUAAAUAAACUCUG